AUGGUCUCGACCCGGACGCCACUAUUGCUCACGAGCGUGGAUGUGGUGUGGCGCAAGCAGCAGCAGGCGUUGGGCCACCUCCCGCACGUGGCAGCGCUGAUCUCUGCGUUCCUGGACAGCUCCGAGCUCUGGAACGUCCCGCAGGCGCUGGACUACGGCUACCUGCACCUGCUGCAGCGUCUCGGCGCCACCUCUCGGCGUCUGCGGCCGCUCUCCAACCGCAGCUGCUUCCUGUCGGCAGCGCAGCGUGGGGACAUCGCGAUGCUGCAGUGGUUGGCUGCCUACGACCCGGAGUUCGACGUCUACGGGGCAGUUCUGGACCACGCGGCGGAGCACGGCCAGCUCCACGCCAUGGACUUGGCAGCGGCACGAGGCCACCUAAACGUCGUCCAAUGGCUGCAUACCCACCGAUCGGAAGGCUGCACGCAUCACGCUAUGGACGAAGCGGGGGCGCGAGGACACGUCGACGUGGUGCAGUGGCUGGACGCUCACCGCCACGAAGGGUGCACCAAGUACGCCAUGAACUUCGCCGUGUGGUACGGCCACACUUCAAUGGUGCAUUGGCUGCGCAAGAAUCGGAGCGAGGGCUGUAGUGUUCACGCGAUGGAGCUGCUGGCUCCCGGUUCGGACGAAAACUCGCCGUUGAUCAUGGACCACGCGGCGGAACACGGCCAUCUAGAGGUGGUCAAGUGGCUACACGCGAACACGGACGGAGGCUGCACGACGGACGCCAUGAACGGCGCAGCGCGUGGUGGGUACAUUGACAUCGUCGAGUUCCUGCAUGAGAACCGUCACGAGGGAUGCACGAGCAACGCGAUGGACGGAGCUGCACGCGGUGGUCAUCUGGACGUUGUAAAGUUCCUACACGAGCGACGCCGCGAAGGUUGUUCGUACCUCGCGAUGGACUACGCGGCUGCCGAGGGUCACCUUGAUGUCGUACAGUUCCUGCAUACUCGUCGCAGUGAAGGCUGCAGUCCGUGGGCCAUGAACUCUGCUGCGGGGGGAGGACAUUUGAGCAUCGUCAAGUUCUUGCACGAAAACCGCAGUGAGGGCUGCACCGAGCGGGCUAUCGACCGUGCAGCAGCCGGAGGAUUCCUCUCAGUUGUGCAGUUUCUUCACGAGAACCGGUCGGAGGGCUGCACGACGGAGGCUAUGGACGCCGCUGCGUGUUUUGGGCACUUGAAUGUGGUGCAGUUUCUUCACUCGAAUCGCAGUGAGGGUUGCACGAAGAAUGCGAUGGAUGCUGCUGCGCGAUGUGGCCAUCUAGACGUCGUCAAGUGGCUGCACGAGCACCGCACUGAGGGCUGCACGACAGAAGCGAUGGACGGCACGGCUUGGUUUGGACACCUGGAUGUUUUCCGCGUUUUGCAUGGACAUCGUAGUGAAGGCUGCACUAGAAGAGCAGUGCGUGACGCUGUGAUCGGUGGGCAUGUCAAGACAGCUCAGUGGCUGACAGAGAUCUGCCCACAAUGUCGAGUGAGCAGUGGUGCGUGUUUUGAUGACCAGGGCGAUUUCGUGCCUGCUGCCUAAACUCCGCGAGUCUUCGGGUACAGAAGACAUCGAAGACGUGGGAUUCAACUACGAAUCGAGCGGCUAGCAUGAAUGCAGGUCAAUGGAUUCCUAGGAGUUUACAGUGCCGAUAUGUAGUAAAAGAUGUUUUUUUAUUCG